AUGUCCUUUCCCAAUACUGCAGAAGGUAUCACUCGGUAUCUCAGAUCGAAGAACGUCACUACACAAGAGAUUUAUGACAUUUCGGUUUCCGUACUAGAUGGGAAAUACGAUAUAUACUUUCCAAAUGGCCAUAUCUUUAUAUUAGAAUUGAUCAUUGACAGAUGGAAUGAUGCUAAACAGGCACAGUUCAGAAAGGACACCAACAUUUGGAAGUUAUGGAAACAGCUAUGGGUUAUGGUUUCGUCUGAGAAUCAUAAGAAAAAAUUAUUGAGGAAUCUAAGAUCAGUAAAUUUAAUUCAACUAACAUUUGAAGAGAUGCAGGACGGUGACCAUGAGCUUUGUGAGCAUGUAUAUGAGGUACUGAAAUCUGUUAAUUCUUGUAUGAUUACCGCAGUCUCUCCGGAAGCAGGUCUUAAGCUUUUAGGUAGAGUCAUAGAUAUCGUACUUUCCUGUGACUUUGGUCGUGAGAACUUCCUGAAGCAAGCAAUAAUUUCAGAAAUUUUGACAUUUACUGAUUUGAACAACUUUACGGAAGUAUCUAAUAAAGUUUCUGGUGUGUACUGCUCUGAACUGUUGCUACCGAGUUUGAAAUACUUCAAGCAGGCUGACGAAGAGGUGUUUGACAACAUCUUUGACGUAUUAUCUGAGUUUACAAAAAGGUAUUUAUUUGAAUUCACAAGGGAUUUGCCUGCAGCGUUGAAAACUUUUGUAGGUUUGCAUAAAAGUUCCCUCUCCCCAGAUUUAUUGGUUUUGCUUUUCACAAAGUGCAUUACAACAGGUAAAUGCGAUGCCGCUACUCUGGAAACCAUUUUAAAAAUGUUGUUAGAUAUUGAUGUCACAAUAUGCGCAGAUUUGUUGGCUACACUCAAUGCCUACAGAAAGAUUAUUUCACAGACGUUUUUAGAGUCAUUAUUCACUUCCGUAUUUGAGUCCAGAGAUUGGAAAAUAAUUAAGAGCAUUAUCGAAAUGGACAUUGAAAUUGGUAUCUUGAAGACGGAAGAAUUAAUGAAUGCUAUGGACGCUUCGACCACUAAUUUUGAGCUAGAAAUUUGGACUUCAAUUAUCAAUUGUCAUGUCAAUGCCAGAGAAUUUACAAAUCUUUUGACUAUCUGGAGAGAAUAUUGUAGGAAAAACACCACUUCAUUAUUCUUGACUGAUUCGAAAAUGACUAAGGUCCUUUCCGAUAAUGUUCCUGCAUUAUCUGUAACACAGACUCGUGCAAUCAUUACAGAUUUAGUAGAUGUUAUUGCUUCUGAGAAUGAUAUUUUUUCAGUGAAUAUUUUACAAGUUAUAGUUUCUGGAUUGAAAAUGCUCUCUUAUGCGCAGUGCUUGGAAUUUCGGAUUUAUCUUUCAAAACUUUUUGAAAUAGAGGGUUUUAAUGCUCCAGUAUUUUGGCAACUCAAAUAUCACGUUCUUGAACUAUAUGAUGAUCUUCCUAUCGCUGUGAAGUUCAAUCCUGACGACGCAUCAGGUCUCAUCAAUCUUGGAAAAAAAUACCAUAGUAGUGAACUAUUUUUCGCCUUAUUCAAGUUCUACGAGCUCCAGCCAUUUGAAAAUUUACCUGUUAUUGAAGCUUUUAUGAAUUUUAUUGGUAAUCUGGACUCAGCAGAGUUAUCAAAUAUUCUACAGACCCUUUUAACGCGUUGGUCAACUCUCGUCGAUUCAUCAUUCGGAAAUAAGAACAUAUCACACCUGAUCGAAAAACUACUUCAAAAUCACAUCGAUAUUUUGCCUGUGCUAUUCGCUGAAGAGGAUUUUUUUGAAGAGUCUAACAUUGUUCGUUCGAUAGUGGUUCACUUGACAGCCGAUGUUAAUUCUAACCUUCAUCUGAAGUAUUUAUUGGAAAUUCCAAUUCAAUGUUUGAAUAAGGCUGUAAGAUUGGCAAUCCUAGACCAAAUAAUAGAGAAGGAUGUUUUGAAAGAGGAUGACAUAAAUGUUCUUUGUCAUGUUUUGAAAAACCCUACCUCGAGGAGCAAAAUAGAAACCGAUUAUAAAACAAUGCUCACGUUUGUCGGCAAUUCAUUCUUCAAAUAUAGCUUGGAAAAUCCGGUUAUUGCAGCCGUUUGGCAGAGUGCACUGCUUCAAAGAAACGACAACAAAGCAUCUUCAUCCAUGGAUUCUCUAUUACAAAGCAUUCAGGCAAAUUUGAAUCAUACCUUUGAUUAUAACACUUAUGCCUUGUUGCAUCUGGUACUCAAAACAUGCGAUGAAUCAGGGUUGCAUUUAGAUGCUCUUAAGGUUAAGUUCAUCAAUAGUUUGAUUUACAAUAUUCAGCAUUUCAACGGAGAUUUCAAAUUACUUGCAUGGCUGCUCAAGGUUUUGUUCAUUCAAGCAAGUAACUCUAAAACAACAAUUCCUGUUCCACCGUUAUUUUCGAAGGCAUCCGCCAUUCCUUCUGACAUUGAAGUUCAAUCGGCAUAUUUUAUGGUAUCAACACUAAAUUACAAUGAUAAUAUUGAAUAUCUUCUAGCGCAGUAUCUUAUCUUAAGAGAAAAUGGAGUGUCUAAAGAGAUGUUAUUACAGGCAAUAAAAUUGAACAUAUCCAAGAGAAUUAUUAAUAACGAUGAAGACUUCAAUACAGCAUUCGAAACGAUCUGCAAUACUAUGCCUGUACUAUCAACAAGCAACUCCGGAGCAGUAUUGGAGCUGCUACAGUUAUUCAUCCACUUUGUUUCAAAACAGAAUAGUAGUGGAAGGCAUAUUUUUGUCAAAUCAAUUUCACACCUUUUAACAAACUACUCUACUAGCAUUAUAGACAGAAAAGAUAUUAUAUCUUUCAUUACCUUUCUGAAUGAUCUGCUGGUGGCCAAACCGUUUUUAUUCACACAGUACUGUUCAGAAAUGCUUUUCCCACUAACAUCCAAGAUUCUUUUGGAUAACAUAAUCAAAGCAGCUGAUACACCCGAUCAGAGAGAGAUCAAAAAUAAGAUUCCAUACUCUAAAAAUGACCUGAUUUUUUCCUGCACACAUAUGCUCUCUUCAUUGCUAUUAUUUCAUCGUUAUAAGUUAUCCAAUCGUACUCAUUUGAUCAACAUUGUUAUCUGCCAAUUACUGGAGUUACUAUCAGAUGCUAAGCAAUACGCUCUAUCGGUUGAAUCAGCGAAAGCAGUAUCAAGAUUCAUAUGUAACUAUUGUGAGCCUGCAAAUGUGAGAAGCAGUAAGCAGACGACAUUGUCCUCGGCUGUUUCUAAUGUUAAAAGAUCGCUAAGAAAGAAUCUGCCAGUUGUUCUUCUACAAUUCAUCAAAUUAUCAGUUUCAAAACCAUAUCCCACCACGAUAAAGAAAGAGUUGAUGCUCGCAGUAUACGCUAUUUUUGAUCUUCUGUCGCAGACUGAAAUGAACUUGCUUAAUGCUAGCUUGGACAGUAACGGCAGAUCAUAUUUCAAGACAUUACAUGCGGACUACAAGAAAAGUGGCAAAUGGCAUGAUGAUUGA